GUCUGCAAAUUAAUUUAAUACAAAAUAAAUAUUAAUUAAUAUAUCAAAUAAUUUACAAAAAUAUGAAACGUUUAAGUGAUGAACGUGCAAAAAUCUUAUUUGAGAAACUUUCUAAAUACAUUGGAACAAAUGUAAAACAGUUAAUUGAUCGUCCGGAUGGCACAUAUUGCUUUCGAGAGCAUCGUGAUAGGGUAUACUAUGUGUCAGAACGUAUACUAAAGUUAUCUGAAUGUUUUGGACCAGAAAAAUUAAUUUGUGUCGGCACAUGUUUUGGCAAGUUUUCGAAAACCAAUAAACUGAAGUUUCACAUAACCGCUUUAUAUUAUUUGGCACCGUAUGCGCAGUAUAAGGUGUGGGUGAAGCCGUCAUUUGAGCAACAGUACCUGUAUGGAAAUCAUAUACCCAAAUCUGGCUUGGGACGUAUAACAGAAAAUGCCGGUCAAUAUCAGGGUGUCGUUGUAUACUCAAUGAACGAUUUGCCAUUGGGUUUCGGUGUGCUAGCGCGUUCGACCACUGAAUGCAAAGCAGCGGAUCCAUUGGCCACAGUUUGUUUCCAUCAGUCUGAUAUUGGCGAAUAUAUACGUUCGGAGGAUACGUUGUUUUAAAUAAUUUUCAAUUGCAUAGAAUUAAGUAGUGUAAAAUGAUUUAUUAAUAGUCUUAAUAAACUAA